AUGGCCCGGCUACGAACGCCAGACGAGAGCGACGACGAGUUGCCAGAUAUUCGAGGCCUCAUCCUGACAGCCAAGGCGGAGAAAGAGACGCGGACUCCCUCGCUCAAGGGAGACACUCGAAACAACUACGCAAAUACAAGAAUAGAUCCUCGGAAAGCUCGAGUUAAGGCAGAAGAAGAAGAAGACCGGGUCCCGACAGCGCGAAAGCCAGCAAGACUUGCGGACAACGCAUCCGCGAAUCUCAUCUUGAAGACACCACGCGCAAGAGCUGGAGAGACGCCGGUCAAGCGUCAGCGGGCGUUAAAGGCUGCGCAGCCGAAUGCGUUGUUGCUCCCAAUCUCCUCUGCGAUUGCGGAGGCGCCAAGUGCAAGGAAGAAGAGAGGGGAAACGGUGCGGCCGCAAGCUAUCAGGCACACGCCGAGACGGGCGGUCAAGGAAGCUGUCGAGUACCGUUCAGCGGCGCCGUGUUCGUCGGACUCAGAGCAUGAUAUCAGCGAGGUUACCUGGUGUGGAUCCGAGGAGAGUGAGGUGGACUCCGAUGUUGAGAAGCGCUGGCGGAGCAGCACAAAGCCAGCACGAACAACGGCACGGGAGACUUUGCAAACCACCCCCGCCACAGAUUCUCGCGUCUUCGCGGAAGAUGGAGGCCCAAAGCCCUCCACACUCUGGGAUAACAUAAUUGAUCUUACAACUCCAAGACCCGCGAAGGCAGCCGAAACUUCCCUUAUUCAACCAGUUCCACAACCGUCUACCGCAUCUCGACCCUCGAGCUCCUCUUCCACUGACCAGGCAGCUAUCCUCCACUUCUCCCCACCGCGCCUAAGAUCCCCUCGAAAAGCCCCACCACGUCCCUCAACACCACCGCCUCCAAACAGCCCCCCAAGAAGCCGCCUCACAUCGCCGUCCAAGAAGAACCGGAUACCGCAACGGCAAAGCCUCCGCGAAAGCAUCGACGCCUUCUGGAGUGCCGGCGUCGUAAACGAGUGGAACGACCAGUACUCUCCGCGCAAGACCCUCCAGCCACCCAAGAAGUCCCGGAACCGUCUACCGGAUCCCGAUCUCGACGACGACGAAGCCGGCCAUACCACCCCCUCAACCCGCUCGCCCGCCAAGAAGACCCAAAGCCCGACCAAGCGCACCAAAGCCGCCAUCUCCGCGCGCAAAGCAUGGGAGGCCGAGAAAGUCUCCCUGGCCGAGUCCGCUAUCAGAGAGCUAGACGACGCCGUGACCCAAGGCCGCAUCUCCGCCCUCAGCGCCGCGACCGGCGGCAUCAGGAUCGUCUGGUCCAAGAAACUGAACACGACAGCCGGGCGCGCGAACUGGCGGCGCGAGGGCACGGCCACCAAGCCCUUCGCCGCUGAGGCAGGAGGCGGCACAGCAACCAAGACUUACAUCCAUCAUGCUACCAUUGAGUUGGCGGAGAAAGUAAUCGACGGCCCAGACCGCCUCCUCAACACCCUCGCCCACGAGUUCUGCCACCUCGCCACCUUUAUGCUCAGCAAUGUGCGCGACAAUCCUCAUGGUAAGGAGUUCAAGUCCUGGGCCGCGAAAGUGGAGGCAGCGUUCCGAGGCCGCUACCCCGACCUCAAAAUCUCCACGCGCCACGCGUACGAGAUCGAAUACAAGUACGUCUGGGAGUGCGAGGGCUGCGGGACGGAGUUCAAGCGGCAUAGUCGCAGUGUUGAUCCGGCGAGGCAGAGCUGUGGGGGGUGCAAGGGAAGACUGGUGCAGGUGAGGCCGGCGCCAAGGAAGGCGGGAGGAGGGAAAGGGGAGUAUCAGAUUUUCGUUAAGGAGAAGUUCAGGGCGGUGAAGAAGGAGAAUCCGGGGUUGGGCGUGUCGGAGGUGAUGGAGGUGCUGGGGAGGAUGUAUCGGGAGAGGAAGGAGGCGGGCGGGGCGGAUGUGAGAGCUGAGGGGACUGGAGAUGGUGGAGCUGUAGAGGGGGAUGGGCUGGAUGCGGUUGUUGCACAAUUGGAGGUCGUUACUUUGGAUGAUUGA